AUGACGCCUCUGGUCGAAGCGUACAAAAGGGAACUCUUCCCCUGGGCUAGUGAAGAGUGCAAAUGGCUGACAGUGGAACAGCUGGCUGGACUUGCAGCCAAGACCGGAUAUAGGAGACACGAGACACUUCCACUCCCUCUGCUGACAGCCAAGGGUACUCCGACCAAGUCGUAUCCGCCCCUUUUCCUCUCCAAGUCUCGGCCACUUUCAUGCGUCCGCCUUACCAUCCAAACCGAGGCCAAUGGGCGACGAAAGCAGAAAUGA